AAAAAAAAUGAAUUUCUGAUUCCUGAAUCCUGAAUCCUGAACCAUCCACUGAGACGAUAUAUUGACAUUUCCAUAUAAUACCCUUACUGCCCCUUCUCAUUCGAGCAACGCAGCUUCAGCUUGUUUCCAUUUCUUGCGUUGUGACUUUACCAAAUGAACUACUUUUUUUUUUGUUAAAUCUGAAAUUAAAUAGGGUAAUUAGACAAGCAGUGAAUUAUUAAAUUAUUGAUGGGUAUUAAAUAUUUGGGGAAAAGAAAGACUUAUAUUAAUUUAUGGUCAGACCCUUGAUCUUAUUAAAAAAUCACACACAGGGCAGUCCUCAAGACAGCUUCUUCCUCUUCUUAUACUCUCUCAAAGCUGCAGAACAUUGAAUUCACACUGCAAGAAGAGGAGGACGACCAAGAAGAAGAAGAAAGAGAUCAAAGGCUAAACCUUGUGUUACAAGUUUUGUCUAGUUUUCGUUCUCUCCCUAGCAAUUGGGUAUUGAGCAUUGGUCGGAUCCUGAGAGCGAUGAUGAUGUGGAAGAACAUUGCUGGCUUCUCUAAGAAGGCGGCUGCUGCUGCUGGCAGAACAAGCGGAUCUCGGAGGUGGUUGUCGACGGCGAUACCUGGACCUUGCAUCGUCCACAAGCGUGGUUCCGAUAUCCUUCACGAUCCAUGGUUUAACAAGGACACAGGUUUUCCUUUGACUGAGAGAGAUAGAUUGGGGCUAAGAGGCUUGCUUCCUCCUCGUAUCAUCUCCUUUGAACAGCAAUAUGACCGUUUCAUUGAUUCCUUUCGGUCCCUUGAGAGGAACACACAAGGGCAGCCAGACAACGUUGUCUCUUUAGCCAAGUGGAGGAUUCUCAAUAGGUUGCAUGAUCGUAACGAGACUCUCUACUACCGAGUGCUUAUUGAUAACAUCAAAGAUUUUGCACCAAUUAUAUACACACCCACCGUUGGACUGGUUUGUCAGAACUACUCGGGUUUGUAUAGAAGACCCCGAGGAAUGUACUUCAGUGCCAAAGACAAAGGAGAGAUGAUGUCCAUGAUCUAUAACUGGCCAGCUCACCAGGUUGAUAUGAUUGUCAUCACUGAUGGUAGCCGUAUCCUUGGCUUGGGAGACCUUGGAGUUCAAGGUAUUGGGAUUCCUAUUGGAAAGCUCGACAUGUACGUGGCUGCUGCGGGAAUCAAUCCACAGAGAGUUUUGCCAAUUAUGUUGGAUGUGGGCACAAAUAAUCAAAAGCUCCUACAGAAUCCUCUCUAUUUAGGACUUAGACAACCUAGGUUGGAAGGAGAUGAGUACCUUGAGAUUAUUGAUGAAUUUAUGGAAGCUGUAUUCACUCGUUGGCCUAAGACCGUAGUACAGUUCGAAGAUUUCCAAGCGAAAUGGGCUUUUGAAACUUUGGAUAGAUAUCGAAAGAAGUUUUGCAUGUUCAAUGAUGAUGUCCAGGGAACUGCUGGUGUUGCUCUCGCUGGACUAUUGGGAACUGUAAGAGCCCAAGGUCGGCCUUUGUCAGACUUUGUGAACCAAAAGAUUGUUGUUGUGGGAGCUGGAAGUGCCGGGCUCGGUGUAACUAAGAUGGCAGUACAGGCAGUUGCGAGAAUGGCAGGCAUCAGCUUCGCUGAAGCAACGAAAAACUUUUACUUGAUAGAUAAAGAUGGUCUUGUCACCACGGAGAGGACAAAACUUGACCCAGCAGCUGUACCUUUUGCCAAAAAUCCAGCUGAGAUACGUGAGGGAGCAAGUAUCGUUGAAGUGGUGAAGACAGUGAGGCCACAUGUUCUUCUUGGUUUAUCUGGAGUGGGCGGCAUCUUCCAUGAAGAAGUUCUCAAAGCAAUGCGAGAAUCUGAUUCAUGCAAGCCCGCCAUUUUUGCCAUGUCGAAUCCCACCUUGAAUGCCGAGUGCACUGCUGCUGAUGCAUUUAAGCACGCCGGAGAAAACAUAGUCUUUGGAAGCGGAAGCCCAUUUGAGCACGUUCAACUUGAAAAUGGUAAAGUUGGGCAUGUGAAUCAGGCCAACAACAUGUACCUAUUCCCCGGGAUCGGGUUAGGGACACUUCUAUCUGGUGCACGUAUUGUAACUGAUGGAAUGCUGCUAGCUGCUGCUGAAUGCCUUGCGUCCUACAUGACUGACGAAGAAGUUCAAAAAGGCAUCCUUUACCCUUCAAUCAACAACAUCCGACACAUAACAGCUGAGGUUGGGGCGGCUGUUCUAAGAGCUGCGGUUUCUGAUGACAUUGUAGAAGGACAUGGGGAUGUUGGUCCCAGAGAUCUCAGUCACAUGUCUAAGGAGGAGACAGUGGAUUACAUCACACGGAACAUGUGGUUCCCAAUUUACAGCCCUCUCGUGCACGAGAAAUAGACUCUUUGAACUCUCAGCUUACAUAGAAUAAGCCAAAAGACUGACCAUUUUUGUUUUGUUUUCUGUUCUUUGCGAUCAACAACAACAUUCUUUAUCCUUUUCUCUCUCAGUAUGUGCUAGAAAAUCAAUGAUGAUAAUGUUUACAAAACAAUGCAAAAAGAAGGCUUGAGGAACCAAAAGGGUAGUUUUGGGUCACAUGUUCCUUGUCAUUUUCUUACAGUUAUGUUUUGAAUGAAUAUAUAUAACUUUAUAUACUCCACUCAAUCCAUUGGAUCAGACAGUGAUCAUGAAAUGUGAAGUGUUAAUUUACGGAAUAAUGAAGAAAGAGUGGUGAUUGUGGGAGGUACUGGCUACUUGGGUUAUCUAUAUGACAGGCAUGUAACAAAUUCGACCUUUAUGUAUCUGUCUCUGAAUCAAUCCAAUCUUGUUUUGGACCAAAGGAAGAACAACCUUACAGUGCAAAAUGAAGAUGUAGAUAGGAUAAAAGAGAGGUGUUAAAAAGCAUAUGUAAAAAGCACUUAAUAAAAAAACAUACGUUGGUAGUAAAGAACAUUCAGUUGAAAAGUCGACCGAUUAAUGUACACAGCCAAAAUAAAACUAGAAUUACAUAUUUUAAACAAAUCAGCAGAAACACAUAAUAAUAUAAGAAAAUAGAAAGAUAGAGAAAGGCUAAAGGUAAAAGGAGAAAAGAGAGAGAGAGAUAAAGAGGGGGUGUCAGUUAAGUCUGCGCCGAGUGAAAGCAGGGUGAAUGGUUCUUCUUCCGUCCAAAGAAUCAAGUUUGUGAGUAAACUCUCGGACUCUCUUUACAACUUUAGGUAUGUUUUGAGCGUUCCUGGACAUUAUUUCCUUGAGCUGAAUCAUCUUCUGUUCACACUCUUGCUCUUCAGUUCCUGCAUAUACCGAAGAAGAUUUGUUGAUAAUAUAUAAAAGUAUAAGAGAUAAGAGAGAUAGAAGACAAAGAUCAGUGCAGGCUCUUGUGUUUCUCUACAAUACCAAGAACCUUUCUAAAAGAAAAGGUCUCCUAUGAAGUACUACAUACAAUGGGCACAGGUUUCAUUAUAUCCAAAAGAAAUCAUUAAAAAAAAAAAACUAGCUUAGAGACCAAGUAUGGAAUGGGUGAAUAAUCAAAAUAAGAAAACAAAGCAUCAGACUGAGACUCUGCAAAAGACAAAUCAAUUUGGAGUGCAGGCACAAGGUACAUAUAUUGCAAACAAAAAACAGUAUGAUAGAUUUAGAAUUCCCAAGGGGCAUAAAUAAACACAAUCAUCCGGAAUAGGAAACUUGUGGAUACAUAAUAUAAGAUAUAAUCUCUCCUCCACCACAACCCAAAAUUCACCCAUAUGCUGCUCAAUGAGAUGUAUUUAAACGAACCCAAAAAUGUAAAACAAAAAAAAACCCUAAUUUUUCCAUCUGCUUUCAGUUCGUUCACAAUGAAAUGGGUGAUAUUCAAAAUUCGAUUUUGCUAAGAACCCAUAAAAUAAAAGGAAGAUUGAGCGAAGGAGACAGACGGAACCUGCUGAGAUAGUGAGGCGAUUAGAGGAAGAGGGAAGCUGAGGAUCCGACCCGGAAGCGAUGUUGGGGAAGGUAUGAGAGGAGGAGGAGAGCGCGGAAUCAAGGGUGUUCCUGAGAUGUUCCGGUAGGGUUUUUCUGUACUCUGAAACCUUCUGCGCCAUCUCCGUCACUUCCGACUCCAAUUUCUCAAGCUCUCCUUCAUCUAUCAGCUCCGAUCCCUCCGACUCGGGAAUUAGGGCCAUUUGAUUCCUUCAAUUUUAUUUUGAAACCCCCCUUUCUUUCACCUCUGGGUGAUAUAUUCGUUGAGAUUUUCUGAUAUGGAAAAAGUUAAUGAGAGGGGUUUUUCAAAAAGUGAGAGCGUAUUAACG